UCUCUCUCUCACAAAUUUACAUAAAUGGAAAUAAAAGAGUGUUGGGGCAACAAAAGAUAGGGGAUUAUGAGUUGGUUUCCAAGAAUGAAUUGUGGGAGUUUGUUGCUGAGGAAUGUGGGUUAGAUACAACACACGUGGCGUCUUUGAAGCUCAUAUAUAUGAAUUAUUUGAAAGAGUUGGAUCAAUGGUUGACCCAUGGAGGAGGUUUCAAAGAUAUGAAGUUGGAUAAUCCGGAUCUUCGUGUUCUCGAGAAGUUGGAUUACGAGUUGAAAGGGUGUAAAUUUUCUUUACCACGUGACGGAUUUGAAACUGAUACGAAAGGGAAGUGUGUUGUUGCAGAGUCUAGUCAUAAUGGGGGGACUGAGGAAUUUAAGGGAACGUUGGAUCUUAAUAUCGCGAUUAAUGUAUGUGAAAAUGAUGGUUUGGAUUUUGAUUUGGUUAAAACUGAAAUGGGGGUCUCGAGAAUCAACGAUGUUGUUGAAAACGAUGAAAAAUUAGGUGGUUUGGAUGAGAAAAAAUCAGAGUUCACGAAAAUAGAUGUUUCGAUGAUCAAAGACGAUGAUAACAAAAGAGACGUGUCAUGUCGUACGAAUGUACUUAGUGUUCAAUCCAAGUUUAACGAGCACAUUGAUACAAGUGACAAUAAAAAUAACGGUGUUAUUUUUACCAAGACUAUUGACGAUAAUGUAAUUUGUUCUCAGAAGAGGAGAAAGGCGGAAUCUUUAUCGUUGAAAAAAAUGCUAGAUUGGGUAGCAAAUGCUGCAAGAAAUCCACAUGGUAUUAUGAUAGGAAGCAUACCGAGUAGUUCCAAGUGGAAGAAAUACAAGGAAAACGAAGUAUGGAAGCAGGUUUUGUCGGUCAAAGAGACACUUUUUGCAAAGCGAAAUGUUGAUUCGGGCUAUAAAGUGUAUGGAUCGCAGAAGAAAAGACACAUGAUGCAUCCUUCAAUGUAUGAAGAUGAUAAAAUUCCCAUUCACCUAUCUUCAAAAAGAAUAAGAUGCAGCCAGAGGGUCAGUUCCGUAAAAGCAUGCUCGUGUCCAGGCUGUACAUCUUGUUCAUCUUCUCGGAACAAACGGGUCAAAAAGACGCCUCAAAUCUUGGAGACUAUUCAGAUACAAGAUGACGCGUGUGAAGAUCAAGAAACAGAAAGUGUUAACGUAGGAGCAGAAGUACCUGAAUGGGCAGGUUUUGUUUCCGAGAGUGAUCCUAAGUGGCUCGGUACUCGGAUGUGGCCCCCACCAGAGGACAAAAACGGAGAACAUGAAGCAGAUCCUGGAGUUAUUGGGAAAGGAAGACAAAGUUCGUGUACGUGUAUGAAUCCUGCGUCUGCUGACUGUGUGAGGUUUCAUAUUGCAGAGAAUAGGAAGAAAGUCGAGCGCGCUCUUGGUCAACUUUUCUAUAAAUGGAAGUUUGACCAUAUGGGUGAAGAAGCUGCUCUUUCUUCAUGGAGUCUUGAAGAGGAAAGCGAAUUCAAAAGUUUGGUGAUCAAAGCAAGACAAGAACUGGCUGAUAAAAGUAAGUCAAGACACGAAAUCAUGAACAAUUUCUGGAGAAGAGCUUCUGAGUCAAUCCCUACAAAGACAAAAGGUGAUUUAGUGAGCUAUUACUUCAAUGUUUUUGUUCUUAGACGAAGAAGUUACCAAAAUCGCAUUAUGCCCGAGAAUAUAGAUAGUGAUGAUGACGAACAGGACAUGGGGCACGAAAAGAUCGAUGCUUUAUCUAUCAAGAAUACACACUGCAUGAAUCUUGAUGGGAUCGAUUCCGUGCACUAAUAAACUACAACGACGAUGAACAUGAUGUCUAGGUCGGUUGGAAACGUGUUUGGGUAUGAAAAGAUCCAUGCUUUAUCAAGGCAUUGAUCUUAGAACCUUAGAAUCUUGAAUGUGUGCAAAACCAAUGUUAACCAAUUUUGUUGUGUAGAAUCGUAAUUUUGACGAUGUUAGUAAAAGGCCGUGGUUAUGGCGUUUCUUUGCCGAAACCUAUGCUUA